UCAUUGAUAUUGUCAAUGGUGUAGCAGAGACGGGAGAGGGAGAUUUCUGAGUAUUUCUCCAGAAAAAAAUAAUUCGCAGUGCAGCAGACUUUGCAGCAAGAGUGGCUUUUUAUUAGGGUCAACUGGAGAUAGAGUGAUGAGCCGUCAAAAGCCGCGUCCGUCUUUCGCUGUCCAUGGUCCUGUUUGAGUAGCGACGACCCCUUUCAACAUCACCGUAGCCGCGUCCCCGAGGAUCUUGGCAUUAUCGGUGGGUUGUGAAAUCAGAAGCCAUGGAGUUGAGGGUCGGGAACAAGUAUCGUCUUGGGAGGAAGAUAGGCAGCGGGUCCUUUGGAGAUAUUUACCUGGGUGCCAACAUUGCCACUGGGGAGGAAGUGGCCAUCAAGCUGGAGUGUGUGAAGACCAAGCACCCCCAGCUUCACAUCGAGAGCAAGUUCUACAAGAUGAUGCAGGGAGGAGUGGGCAUCCCUACCAUCAAGUGGUGUGGAGCGGAGGGGGACUACAACGUGAUGGUGAUGGAGCUGCUGGGGCCCAGUCUGGAGGACCUCUUCAACUUCUGCUCCCGCAAGUUCAGCCUCAAGACCGUCCUGCUGCUGGCUGACCAGAUGAUCAGCAGGAUCGAGUACAUUCACUCCAAGAACUUCAUCCACCGUGACGUGAAGCCGGACAACUUCCUGAUGGGGCUGGGCAAGAAGGGCAACCUGGUCUACAUCAUCGACUUUGGCCUGGCCAAGAAGUACCGCGACGCCCGCACACACCAGCACAUCCCCUACCGGGAGAACAAGAACCUGACCGGCACCGCCCGCUAUGCCUCCAUCAACACACACCUGGGCAUCGAGCAGUCACGGCGUGACGACCUGGAGUCUCUGGGCUACGUCCUCAUGUACUUCAACCUGGGCUCUCUGCCCUGGCAGGGCCUCAAGGCCGCCACCAAGAGGCAGAAGUACGAACGCAUCAGCGAGAAGAAGAUGUCCACGCCCAUUGAGGUGCUCUGCAAGGGCUACUCCUCUGAGUUCUCCACCUACCUGAACUUCUGUCGCUCUCUACGGUUCGACGACAAGCCCGACUACUCGUACCUGCGGCAGCUCUUCAGGAACCUGUUCCACAGGCAGGGCUUCUCCUACGACUACGUCUUUGACUGGAACAUGCUCAAGUUUGGGGCCAGUAGAACAGCCGAGGAAGGAGAGAGAGAGCGGAGGGAGGGAAAGGAAGGGGAUGAGAGGAUUGGAGGGGGCGGUCAGAGAGGGGGUGCAGCCCGAGCCCUGCCCCCAGGACCCAACCCCCCUGCAGCCAACAGAGUGAGGAACGGCCCAGAAGCUGCCGCCUCUAACCCUGCCUCCAGAGUGCAACAGUCAGGUAACAGGUCCCCGCAGGCUGUGUCUCGUGCAGAACGAGAGAGGAAGGUGGCCAUGAGGCUCCAUCGUGGUGCCCCUGCCAAUGUCUCCUCCUCUGACAUCACUGCCCGCCUUGACCAGUCACGUAUCGCCACAUCACAGGUCAGUGUGCCAUUUGAACACCUGGGGAAGUGAGCCUGUCCUGUCUGGUCUGCUGGAUGCUCCUCGCAGCCUCUGCAGGGUAUCCAAUGAACCCUCAAGAACUUGAAACACUUGGAUCGAAACAUACAACGUGAUUGAAUGAAAGAGAAAGAUAAUAGAAGGAACAAAAGGGUUAGAUGAAAGAAAGGAGUGAAAGUGUGAACGAGUGUGCCUGUCCAGUAUCCUGUGUGUCCAUUGCUAUCCAGGGAGGGGUUAAAGAAAGGAAGAGAGGGAAAACUGAAGACUGAAGGACAUACUCAAGUCAGAGCUUUGACCAGGCUUCUACUAAUCACAGGCCACCACAAGGGCAUGUGACUCCUUCUGACCGUGCCCUCCUUCACUCUCAUUGACUGGUUACAUGGUUGGUUUGACUAGUCAAGCUCUAUCUAUUAUGAAGCUGAACAAACGUGCAAAAACAGCACCUGUAAGUGCAAAAAGGACUAAACUUUGAUUAUUCGAGCUGUUUACAUAGCGGAGGUGUUGUUAUUUAGGCACGUGUUGGUUUAAAGACGUGUCAGAUGACUUUACAGAAUCUGGGAGCUACUGUACUUAAAGUUAAUGGUGAUAGACUCUGUUUAUUUUAAGCCAAUAAGUAAAAAUGUAUAAUGUAAUACUAAACAGAAUCAUCAUCAAUAGAUACAGAGUUAUUUAAAGUUGCAGUUGAGAAUAAUAGGUGUAGGACAAAUAGAAAAAUAGAAAAAAAGAGUGGUGUGUGAAAAGGGGUAGAAGAAAAGUAAAGGCGGAGUUAAGUUAUGGAAAUGAAGUGACUGAAUGUGAAAGACUUUUUUCAACCGACCUGCCUGGCGGGGUGAGGUGGGGUUGUAUCAGUGUCUUGUUGUCUUGUUGUUAGUUUGUCAUUCACUUGGUUUAAGUCACAGACUGGUGAAUGUAAAUUUUCCUAGUAUUCUACAUACUGAUCAAUGCUGUGCUGUACUGGCCCAGAUCAUUUCUUCUCAUAGUAUCCGUCCUGUCCAAUGUAGCUCCAGCUAUUAGUGAAAGCAGAACCAAGUCAGGCCCAGUACAACUCAGUUUAGUUUGGCAGGGUUCAGUUCUGUGAACGAAGCAUGAGUCAACAAAGAACUACAACAGCUGGAAACUAAAGGAUAUAGAGAGAUGGGCUAUCACCCAUACUCUCUCUUUCGGUGUUUGCUAUUUUGCCUUUACUGGCAAAGUGACCAAGCCUUAUCGUCCCUAUUUAACACUAUGGAAGAUAUAGCAGUGAGAAGCAGAUGCAGAGUGGUUUGAGUUAAACAAAUUGAACACCAAAACAGUUUUACAAAUAUGGUGUAAAUAUAGAAUGCAUUUGUGUUGAAAGCCAACCUGUACUAGGUCCGAUAAUGUGGGUGUUAGGGGUGCUGUGUAAGCCUCCGGAGGUUUAGUGGUGGAGCUGGUUUAUGGGUAGAUUGUUAUAAAUGGAUCUAAUUGGUGGGAUAUGGCUGUGUACUGUAUGCACUUGUAUAUUUCUUUACCAUGCUUCGAACAGGAUACUUGUGUAUAUUUUAUGAAUCAAUAAAAAUAUGCACAACUUA